AUCAUUAUUACUAAUUAUUUAGACAGAAUAUAUUUCCUAAAGCAGUUGUUUUAGCAGUUUGAUAAAUGAAGGGAAAUGUAAACAAAAAUUAAACCAAUAGGAAUUCAUUUAAUAGAGUUGCGUACAGUACAUCCGGUUUAACUCUAUUCAAACCGGUUAGACACUUGUACAGAAACGAGAGAGAGCCUCCUUCAAAGGGAAAAGAAAGAAAAAAUAACUGGUUUGAUUCACUUUUCCACAGAGUACAAUUCUCAUCCAUUGGAGUUUCAUAAUUUUUAAGGUUAAACGUAAGGAAAAUUACGUGGUCUGUACGAAAAAAUGUCACAAACGGAUACGAAAACACAAGCAGAAAGCAAGUUUAACACUGCAUUUAUAAAAACUCGAUACGGAAUACUGAGAAUUGCUCAAUUUGUGAUAGCAAUAUGUGGUAUCAUCAGUGUCAGAAGUGGAUAUUAUUGUUACUAUGAUGUUGGAAAAUACAAUUAUUAUGAAAUUGUAUUCAUCGGCGCCAUAGUCGUACUAAUUAUAUUUUUCAUCCUUAUAUUCUUUAAACUAGAUAAGUAUCUAAUUGGGCGAAUUAAUUUACCAUUAAGUUUUCUCAUCAGUGAUGUGAUACUAACUGUAAAGUGUAUCAUCAUAUCUAUUCUUUUGUUAGUGUCAAUAAAUACUUGCUAUUAUGGUGUAACAGCAAGAAUAUUUGCAAGUAUAUUUGGAAUAAUGGGAUUUGUAGCUUUUCUUAUAACAUCCAUUGAAGAUUAUAAUUGGUUUAAAUCAAGGAGUGCUCCUAUUCCACUUUCCGAAGUAAGUGGAGGAACAGUUCAACAUGCUUAAAAUGUUUUGUCAAAUACUAACUUUCUCAUAAUAAUAAAUACUAUUAUUAUUUAUUCUUAUUAUUAUUUUUUUGUGUGUGUGUAUAAAUGUAUUUACUUAAAAUCAAUAAAUUCUAA